GUUGUUAGGGGCAAGAGAGGCGAGCUAACUUGUUAGCGCCUAUCAUUAUAGUGUAAUAUUUAACAAACCAGCCCUCAGUAAAACACACGAAUGGUUAUUUUAACGAGUGAAUUGAUGUGGCUUGGAGAUAUUUUCUUUGAAUUUAAACGGUCGUCGUGGAUACGCCACUGUUUAAUUAAAAUACAAUUGAAAGCUCGAGCGGCACCCGUUGGACGCUAGCUGGUUAGCACGGGCUGUGUGUGGAAUUAGCUGUUGCUAUUCUGCAGGCCCAACACAUCACUGCUGUUGUUAGCUAGCUCCCGUACCGUAAGAGUGCUUUGAAGGCUUAUCUCAGUUACUUCGAAUCCGAAGUUCCUCCAAGUGGUGGAAAAAAAUGAGGAAGAAAAUGCGCUAUCAUCGUGUGGCCACCUCACAGAGGCCUCCAUCGCCCAUCAAACCCUCAAGGAAUCGUGAGACCCUAACCUAUGCUGAGGCUCAGCGCAUGGUAGAGUUAGAGAUAGAUGGACGUAUUCACAGAAUCAGCAUUUAUGAUAAAUUUGAUGUAAUAAACAGUGAUGAUCCUUUAGCUCAGGAGAUCAGCGAAUGCAACAGCAACAAGGAGAACACAGAGAAACCCCAGCAGGUGUUGGUGCGCUCUGUGCGCCUCAAAAACAAUCAACAGAAGAAGAGUGCUGCAGUGACUACAGCACAAGGAUCUCCAGCUCAGGGCAGGUUACCAGAGCCAAAAAUCAGAACGGUUGAGUACAAUCUCCCAGCUGUGCCACGAAGACCCUCUACGUAUUACACUUAUGUAGAAAAGACAUUGGAUGAGCUGGAUGAAGAGGUGGAGUAUGAUAUGGAUGAGGAAGAUUACGCUUGGCUGGAACUGAUAAAUGAGAAGAGGAAGAGUGAGGGCUACAGCCAGGUAUCCCAGAAUGUAUUUGAGUUCCUAAUGGAUCGCUUUGAAAAGGAGUCUUUCUUCGAGAGCCAGGGUCAGGGAGAUCCACAGUCCCUCAUUGAUGAAGAUGCUGUGUGCUGCAUCUGUAUGGAUGGUGAAUGUCAGAACAGUAAUGCUAUUCUGUUUUGUGACAUAUGCAACCUUGCAGUGCAUCAGGAGUGUUAUGGGGUUCCCCACAUCCCAGAGGGCCAGUGGCUGUGCCGCCACUGUUUACAAUCUCCUUCCCAGCCUGCAGAGUGUAUUUUUUGCCCCAAUAAAGGGGGGGCACUUAAGAGGACAGAUGAUGACCGCUGGGGCCAUGUAGUAUGUGCCAUUUGGGUUCCUGAGGUGGGCUUCACUAACACAGUCUUCAUUGAGCCCAUUGAUGGUGUUGCUAACAUUCCACCUGCUCGUUGGAAACUGACCUGCUACCUCUGUAAAGCAAGAGGAGUUGGUGCCUGCAUUCAGUGUAGCAAAGCUAAUUGUUAUACUGCCUUUCAUGUGAGCUGCGCUCAGAAAGCGGGCCUGUACAUGAAGAUGGAGCCCAUCAAAGAGGUCACGGAUACCGGAUCCACCACAUUUUCAGUGAAAAAGACAGCCUAUUGUUGUUCACAUACUCCUAGUGGCUGUGUCAGAAGGCCACUUGCUAUCUAUGAAGAGCCUCAACCCAAAAACAGUCUUUGUCAGAAGAGCAAUCACAAAGGUGGAACGGCCAGAGUAAAGGCCUGCCAGAAGAAGAAGUGUAAAAAAGUAGAGGCAGAGCCAGUUCCAGUGGUUCCAGCUGUGUCUGUGCCUAGUAUAACACCUAAAAGCUUUAACACUAUCCUCAACCAAGUCUCUGUCCAGAGGAAAAGGCUGUUUGUGGAGCGUGUUCUCAGUUACUGGAUGCUCAAGAGGCAGUCCAGAAAUGGUGUGCCUCUUAUCCGACGUUUGCAGACUACCAUACAGACUCAAAAACCCCCACAACUGGAACGAAGUGAGGAGGACUGCAGGGUGAUGAAGGAGCAGCUGAAGGACUUGCAUCGCUUGCGUCAUGACCUGGAGCACACGCGCUUGUUACUGGAGCUCAUUCGCAAGAGAGAGAAGCUGAAGAGAGAGAAGAUGAAACUUCAGCAGUCAGUGCUAGAGAUGCAGCUCACUCCAUUUACCAUAUUGCUGCGAGGUGUGCUGGACGUUCUGCAGGAGAAAGACCAAGCCCGGGUGUUUACCCAGCCAGUGAACAUCAAGGAGGUUCCAGACUAUCUUGAUCAUAUCAAGCACCCAAUGGACUUUUCUACUAUGAGGAAACGCAUUGAUGCCCAUGGAUACAAGAGCCUGGAUGAGUUUGAGGAUGACUUUAAUCUCAUCGUCAGUAACUGCAUGAAGUACAAUGCUAAGGAUACCUUCUUCUACCGCGCUGCAGUGCGCCUCCGAGACCAUGGAGGAGCCAUUCUCAGGAAGACCCGGCGAGAUGUGGAGAGGAUAGGCUUUGAUUUCCUCAGUGGGAUGCAUCUUUCUGAGCCACCUAAAAUGCAGGCCCCUCCAAUGCUGACAUGGGAAGAUGUGGACCGACUGCUAAAUCCAGCUAAUCGAGAGAACAUGUCUUUGGAAGAGCAGCUCAGUGAACUUUUAGAGACACUGGAUUUAACCAUUGCUAUGAAAUCAAGUCCAUCGCGGAGCAAGCGCCUCAAGCUGCUCAAGAAAACAAUCACUGAUGUCCGACUUGAAAUGGGUCAGAAGACAAGUUGUCCCCCCCCAGAACAGAGCCAACCUCAGGAUGAAGAUGCACCACUCCCUAUUCCAAUGUGUGUCGAAGACGAAGUUGACAAGUCAUUACCUCCCAAACUGGAACCUUCAGUUUCUGUUCCACUUAUUACAAAUUCUGACAGCCUAUCAGAACCUCCUGCUCUGAAGCCUAUUGAGCUCAGUCCUGAGAAGUGCCCAAAAAAGAUCACAUUUGACAGCAAGAUGCUCUCUACCUCACUACUAAAUGGACUCUCCCCGGACACGCAGACCUCUGAGAACAAUGUCGUGGUAGCUACAUCCACGCUCUCAGACCCAGCAGGCACUGUCAACAGACGGACUGCUGUGCUCUUCCGGAAGUCUAAGAGCGUUAGCCCACAGAAGCAAGCAAAGACAGGGCAAACUUCAACGGACUGCCCUCAGCUGGGCACCAAGACAUUCCUGUCUGUGGUCAUCCCUCGUCUGGAGACCUUGCUUCAGCACAGGAAAAGGUCCCACAGCGGAGACAGCCAGGGUGGAGAUGAAGGAUGCCCAGUCAAACGUUUUGAUCCUGGGCUCUCUAAUGGUUUUGUAGUGGAGCAACAGAAAGAGCUGGGGAACAGAAUUCUAGAGCCUCGAAGGCGCUGUGCCUCAGAGUCCAGCAUUUCCUCUAGUGGAAGCACCAGUGUGCUAAGGAACACAAGCUUUCCUCUUGGCAUGCUUAGCAUCAUCAGUCACCCCAAGAGUGGGAAAGGGAAGCAGGCAAUAGCACGACGAAACACGACGGAUGACAAAAAUGAACUGAUCGCAUGCAUGGAAUCGGGGAACAUUUCCAAAGCAAGCAAGUUGGCAGCUGAGCUUGACAACAGCAAUAUAUGGAUGCCCCCUAAUACUACCACACUAACUCUGGAACCCUUUAAACUAGUCUGGGCAAAACUUAGUGGAUAUCCCUCCUACCCUGCCUUGAUCAUAGACCCGCAGAUGCCCAGAACGGGUUGCCAUCACAACGGCGUGUUCAUUCCCACCCCUCCACGGGACGUGCUCAGGGUCGGAGAGCUGAUGCAGUGCAGGUCAGAGGAGAAACUCUACCUCGUCCGCUUCUUCGACAACAAACACAACUGGCAAUGGCUUCCUAAGUCCAAAAUGGUACCUUUUGGGAUUGAUAAGACUUUAGAUAAAAUUAAAAUGUUGGAGGGUCGCACUUCGAGCAUUCGCAAAGCUGUACAAAGCGCCUUCAACCGUGCCACGAACCACUUGAGCCUGGUCCAGGACUUCAGUGAUGGGGACUAAAGCUCACGAAAUGGAUCUCUGUGGGUCAUCUGUCCCAUGUUUACCUGUUGUUACACUUGCAUAUCUUGCUGGCCAUGUUUACGGGGAACAUGAGUGGGCCCUUUCUCUCUGGCCUUCCAUCAGGAGCAUGCUGAGCUCCUCAGAUAAUGAACAUAAGAGGACCUUCACCCUCCACUAAUGUGCUGUAAGACUGCUGUGAACUAUCACUGCCAUCACAACCCUCCUGUUCACUCCUACUGUCACCAUCAUAAUUCACAAAAGCCACGUAUCCAACCUUGCCUGUAAAUACUCGACCAUUGUAAGUUAUCCAACACUAAUUUAUUUUAAAUGUUUUUUUUUGUUUUGUUUUUUUUUGUUUUUUUGGGUUGGUACCGCACAUGACCUCACGGAAGAUUUAUACUCCAAGGUGAAUUUUCAAACUCGCACUGAAGUGCGGACCCCACUGGUGCUACAUUACGAGCAAAGCCUCAAGAUCCCCUUCACAAGGACAUAGAUGAGGCUUUUGCACUUACUGUAUCAGACUAAGAUUCUUUUUAGAAGUUAAGUUAUUGAACUUUACCAAUGCAAGCUUCUCCUCCUUGGCAUUAACAUUUUAUCUACUUUUUUAUAUAAUGAAAAAUAUUCUUAUGGGACACAACUGCGUUCUCUUUGUACAUAUUUAUAUAAAGCUAUGAAAUUCUAUACUGUAUAUGUAAUACUUGGAGUUAAAAAAUCUUUGGAAAGAUGAAAAAAGUAGCGAUGAAAAACCAGAAGUGCAUCACUCAUGCAAAACCAAAAAUUUUGCUGCCCAGAUUUUUUUCAUUUCAUACUGUGUGUUUGGGUGGGUGGGUGUGUGGGUGUGCGUGUGUGGGUGUUUACAAGAGAUAGUUGAGAGAUUUUCCAACUUGGUGCAUUUGUUUUACUGUAUUAUUGGGACCUCUAUUUUAGAUUUUAAAAUGUGCCUGUGCAAAUGAAUUGUAUUAGAGCAAAAGAGUAUGCAAAACUUUAUAUUCCAUUGGUGAAAGCUGUGGUUUUCCGUUGUUGCUGUGUGUUUGUGUGUUUUAAUCAUAGACAUCUCUUAUGACAGUUGAACUUUUGUCUUUUUUCCGUAAAGGAUUUUGGGUUUCAAAAGACAUUCCUUUGAACACUUUAUUUUGUAUGAAAGUCGUACUUUUA